GUGCCUGGAUCCUUUUAAAGAAUGGUCAAGAAUCCACGGCUGCGUCUGAGUUCUUGGCUUCGUAAUGUGCCCGAGCCUCCAGACAGGGCGAGUUCAACAAUCGCAAAAAUAAAUCGCGUUCAUUGGACAAAACUCAAUUGUGUGCCCAAUAGAUCACUUCAUUUUCGAAGAUUCCAGGGCAGGGGAAAUGGGUUCGUCUUCAGAAGAAUGGAGAUUUAGAGGUUCAUGAACACAACUGAAAGUUUUCAACAAAAAAAAAGCGACACGAACGUAGCCAUAAUAAACGAAAGUUGCUGCAAAGUAUACACCUUUUUGUUCGGUAUGGCACCCUGAUAGAAGCAUUCUUAUUGGACAAAGGUGUGACGCACGUGACCUGAGGCUGAAUUUGGAGGCGAUCGUGAAUUGUGUUACGGACCUGCAUUCGUGCAUAGUCUGUUUCAGACCUGACACGGGCCGACCCUUCCGUUCACUUAUUUUGUCCUGCUCCGUGGUAUCUCCCCGCUACAAGUCUCGAGCUCAAACUUGAUCCACUGCAAUUCACUACAUACACUUUAAACAUGGUAGCUCUGUUUUUUCAACUGAUUGUGGUUUUAUCCUUUCAGCUGAUCUUUCCUCAUGUUCAUCUUGUGUAUGCUGGUGUCCCUGCUGGCCAAGGAUACCUGACAGUAGAUAAUGCUGGUGACCAGCCACACAAAUCACCAGAACAGAUCGACAAUGUCAAAUCAGUAUCACCUACCACCGGUCUGAUUGCCUCACGCCAAAGUCGGUCUCUUGCGGGCCGUCACGUUGAAGACCUCCCUGACGAUGAGUCUCGAAGCCCCGUCCAUCCUCAGAAGCCCAACGACUCUAAUAAGAACAGGUCCGAGAUGAGAAAAGAUUUCAGCGAAGAUGAAACUUUUAAUCCACAACCGUCUGCAACCUCUGAUCACUUUGGUAGUGGUAACUCAUCCGAAUCUUUGUCACCCACGCCGCAUCCAUCCUCCGUCGUCUCCUCAUCGACAAGGGAAGACAUUGAGCGGCGUGCUCGCCUGGAAAUGCUGAAGCGCACAUUUCUUGAUCAACUUGGCCUGGUCAAACCGCCCAUCGUGACCCGGCCCAAACCUGAAGUGCCUGCAGUCGUGCUCAAUCGACUUAUGCAUGAUGCUGAGCGGAACAAUCAACGUCCCCACCGAUUGACGAACUCACACCCCAGUCAGCUUGUGGUUUUUGCAGACAGGGAUGAGGUUGACUGUGGUCCUGAUGUAGCUGAGGGUACCUGUUUCAGGUUCAGCGUUCCUGAGCAAACGGACAAUUCAGUAGUUUUCUCUAGCCACUUGUGGGUCUACAUUACUCACGCCCCCGGUGGUGCAUCUGUCUUCGUUGGUCGACCCCAGCAUCACUAUGACAGCAGGAGACGAGUCCUCGCCUCCAGGAAAUUGUACUCGCGGGAGGGGUGGGUGGAGCUGGAGAUUCCCGUCGAUAAGCACAAAUGGAACCGACAUUACCACUACUUUGAGAUCAGUACCAAACCCCUGCAGGCCGGUGGUAAUCGUACCGUAGCCAUGGAGACGCAACAUCGCCCGAUGCUGCUGCUGGCCAUGGCGAAGGCUGACAGGUCCGGCCGGGUUCCCCGGAGCGUCGGACAGUGCACGACCGGCCAAACCAGUUGCUGUAUGAGAGACUUCCUGGUGAACUUUACAGUGAUUGGUUGGGAUUCCUGGAUCGUUCAGCCACUUACCUUCGAUGCUCACUACUGCGCAGGGGAGUGUAGCGUUUCUUCUCGUCACUUCCUCAAAGAUCACACAGAAAUAAUCGCUCUCCUCCUGCAGCACCAAGAAGCAGCGAGCGACAUGAAGCUGUGCUGUGUAGCAAACGAUGUCAGCGACCUUUCUGUGAUAUACCUAGGCAAUGAUAACGCAGUGCGUCAGAGGUAUAUUGACGUUGUAGUGGAAAACUGUGGCUGUCUUUAGCAGCCGUAUUCUCUGCAAAAAUAGUGUCCUUUUUGUCGGUAGUUGCUUCUUCAAAAGACAAAAGGAAGGGGUUGGAGCACACAACCCUCGAUAAACGAAACGGGGCACCGCCUAAAAGUAUAUAAUAAGGAGUAUAAAAACAGCUGUCAUCUGUUUUUGUAGUUGGUCUUUACUCCUUGAAACCUCAAACUUGACGUAUCUUAUUUUUUACUUCUUAUAGGAGUUAUCAUUGACCUACAAAUAAAAAAUUUCUAGGGGAUGUGUCUAAAUCAGAAUUGCCUUAAAAACACUGUCAUUUUCCAUUUUUAGUGAGCCAUUUUGUUUAUUUACUGCUGAGGUCUGUUUCUAAUACUUACACAAAGCAUGGUCUUCGCCACAAUACUUCCCGGUGGGGCAGAGCGCUCAAAUAGUUAACUGACAUACAACGGUGGAAAGGAGUCAAUGCCGAGGUAUUUUUCCAUCGGUUUCCCUCUUUGUUUCUUUCCAUUUUUCUUUUAUUUCUUUUUAGUUUUGAAUUUGUUUCCUCUAAGGGGCAGCGCCCCUUGCUCUAGCUCUCGAUGCUCCUGACACUAAGAGAGAGCUCUAAGGUUCACGUUUGGGGUUAUGAUCGGAUUUAUAAAUAGUGUUUAGCUCCAUUUAAAUACAAUUUAACUUGACACUUUGAAAUGUACUCAGAUAACUGAUAUGCUGAUAUUUUCUUCGCUGAUUGUUAACACGAUAGCUGGCAAGAGAUUUGUGAAAUGAAUGGAUGACAGCAACACUGUUGUGCCCUUCUGAUCUGUUUGGCUUGGAAUAAUUUAGAAACGCCACAAAGACAGACUCCAUCUGUUCCCAAUCCCAACUAUGAAAUUAUUAUGUAUUUUGCAUUGAAGAAAAGCCAUUUGCGUAAACACUACAAACAAAACAUUACAUUUAGUAACGAAAUAAGCAUACAAAUACAAGUGACAAGAAGAUAUUUUUUCAUGCUUUUGUUAUUUACUAGAUAGCUUCAUAAUACUAGCACCUAAUAAAUGUAACUCUGGUAGUACAUAUAAAUUGA